AUGACGGUUCGUGAAAAGACUCCUCCGGCUAAAGGUAAACACCGUUUCAUUCGUCCACCUGAAUGCAUCCGAAAUGUUUCAGAAGCCGUGAAGACGACUCGUCUCGUACGGGCGAUACAGUGGUUCUUCGAGAAAUGGUCGCAUUUCGUGGCCGACCACGCCGUCGCUCUCAUCGUCGUUUGCAUUGUUCUCACUCUCAUCGGCACUUUCAAGGUGGCCACGACGCCGUAAGAAUGAAUUGACCGACGGAGAACUUGAGACAAACUGUUUGCAGAAACGAGAAUGAUAUCACUGGCUACACACCCUACGGAGCCAGGGCCAGGGACGAGUUUGAUGUACGCAAUGGGAAACGGUUUCAGAAGGAACACAUUUAGACGAUGUUUCAGGUGAUGACUGAUUUCUUCGCGCACAAUGGCAACGGAAUCGCAAUGUUCGUGCUCAUUCUGCCUCUGCGCCAGGACAAUGUGCUCCAUCCGGAUGUGCUCAGGGAAGCUCUUCGACUUGAAGACAUCCUUUCUUCCAACUUCACCAUGCUCUCCGCCGAUGGAAAGCACGAGAACUAUCAAGAGUUCUGCACCAACUUCUGUCAAAUCAAUGAGCCAUUCGUUCAGUUCGCUGUAAGUGUUCUCCUCAGAACAUUUUGACAUGGAAUGGAUCUUUCAGAGAAGUUAUUUGACUGAACUGGAUAACUCGAAAAACGGAAGUGAUUUGUCUGAAAGGAUAUCACUGAACUACCCGAUCACGAGCAUUUAUUCGAGGAAAAUGAGCAUUCAGCCCAACUUUUUCGGCAUUGACAUGAGAAACGGAACGGAGAGAACGAUAUCGAACAUCAGAUCGUCUAAAAUGAUUGCUCUCCAGCUGAGAUCCGAACGGAAGGAAGGCUGGAACAGCCAGAUGAUCAAAGACUUUGAGAUGUCCAUCACCAAUUACUUCGAGAAGUUUCCCCCUCCCUCACUCCCGUUCUCACUCUCCUCCCGUUCCAGAGAGUUCCAAUCGGAGGACAUCCGCGUGCUCACUCUCUCCACUUCCUACGUGGAAGCAGAAGUCGUCCGUGCGGGCAUGUCUCUCCUUCCGUUCCUAGUCGUCGGAUUCGUGAUCAUGGCCGUCGUCUCCUCGGUCACCACCUUCUUCUCCGCUCUCUACAUGCAACAAGUUUCCAUUCACAAGGUAUUUUCUGCUUUCUGACAGUCUUCUUGAAUGAUGCGACCGAGAGGAGAAAAAGCGAUUCGCCGGGGACAGAAAUCGAACAAACUGGACUGACCGGGCCCGUGCCUAGCCACCAUAGAAAGAACUGGAAAAGGGCAUUUGCCGGGGAGGGGAAUCGAACCCCUAAAGGAUUUGCAUCCAUGGGAUCUCAAGGCCCACGCCUUUGCCACUUGGCUACCCCGACCUGGGAAAACCGAGCUGAAAAAGGAAAUAUCGCCUGCCGUCCGGGAAUACGGUAGUUCCUCAGCUGACUUCAGUCCUACGAUCAUGCUUCAAACUAGAAGUUAAUAAAUUCUUUAAUAAAUUUCAGUUCUCUCUGGCCAUCGCAGCCUGCAUCUGCCCGUUCAUGGCCUGCGGCACUGCGCUCGGCGCCCUUUUCUUCUGCGGAGUCCGCUUCGGAUCCAUCCUCUGUGUGACUCCGUUCCUCGUUCUCGCCAUCGGAGUCGACGACGCCUACCUGAUGAUCCAUUCGUGGCAGAGAGUGACGGCCGAACGACGGAAGCAUCCGGUUGCGAACGACUCGCCGGGCAGUCGGCUGUCCGAAGUGCUCGUGGACACCGGACCGGCCAUCCUCAUCUCUGCUCUUACGAACAUCUUCGCUGACGUGGCAGGCUGUUUCACCUCGAGCCCCGAGAUCUCGCUGCUUGGAUACGGUAACAUGGCGUGCAUCUUCUGUGAUUUCCUCUAUCAAAUCACCUUUUAUUCGGCCAUCAUGACCAUCACCGGGUACUUUGAGAUGAAGGAAGAAGAGCAAAAACGACACAUCAAGAAGAUCGCAUGCGGGGUCGACGACGACGAUCAGAGCUGCACGGUGAGUGUUUGUGGCGUCAUCAAGAUAAAAUCUGUGAGGAAAAGAUCGAAAGACGAUAAGUGGGGGGUUUCCGAACUAUGACGACCUUUGCGCUUACUCUCAUGGCAUCUUAUGACCAAAAGUAUUCGGGAGAAAUAAAUGAAUUAAGAGUUCUUCGGUGGACAGUUUCGAAGUGGCGGUGAAGAGAAGAGUUUCGACGUUCCUGGAAGGAUACAUCUCGUUCCUCACGAACGCCUUCUUUCAACUGCUCAUCAUUGUCACGUGGAUCGUCUUUCUCGUCAUUUCCAUUUAUGUAGUAUCAUCCAACACCACGGUUUUUCGCAUUCAGCUCUUUCAGGGCAUCACCAUAAUGAACAUCAAUCUGAGCCCGCGGAAGCUCUUUAUGGAAGGCUCGAGUCUCCGAGAAAUGGACGAUCUCAGGGUGCAGUACGUCAUUCCGAACUUCUAUUUGGCCAACGUGUUCGUGAGGAAACCAGGCGAUCUUUCGGACGGAAAACGAUUGGAAAAGUCGGCGUCGGUCGGGAACUAUCCUCCCAAUUCGAUAAUUUCAGACUGAAUCAAUUUGUGCAUGAAAUGGAGAACUUGAACGGAAGUUGGGGCGCGCUCGGAACUAACUACUUCGUCAGAGACUUUGUGGAUUUCGAGAAGGCGAUGGCGGAGGAAGAGGAAGAAAACGUCGAAACGGGAGAAGUGAAGGCGAUUGCGAAGAGAGGCGGAAUCAAUGUGAACAAUUUGCCGAUGUUCUUGGAGUGGCCAGAGUACCUCUUCUGGAAGGGAUUCGUGCAGUUCCACAAUGAGUCGUGAGUUGAGGGCAUCUGUCGGCGGAAUGGCAACUCUGCUCGUUUAGUGAACGAAUUGUGCUGGACCGAUUCUUCAUCACGUUUGCCAUUCACGGAAAGAACCUCCAAUCAUGGCCUGCUCGCGGAGACGCAUUGAGAGAAUGGAGGAAAGUGGUCGAUGAGUACAGGUAAUCUCCCCCUACAGUACCCUCCGAUCCCCUGCUAUCACCCCCAAUUGCGCCUAUUGUUUUCCGUUGCCGGGGUAGCCAAGUGGCAAAGGCGUGGGCCUUGUGAACCCAUGGAUGCAAAUCCUUUAGGGGUUCGAUUCCCCUCUCCGGCAAACUUUUCUUUUCAGCGACGAAUUCGGUCUGUCCGUGUUUUCCGACGACGGAAUCUAUGUGGAUCUCAUCGAGAACAUGUCGACGGAUGCGUGGCAGUCGGCAGUUGCCACGUUGUCUUGCAUGGCCUUCAUCUGCUUCGUCUUUAUGUACGACGUGCCGACGGUCGUCGUGGCCACUGCGAUCAUCGCGAGCAUCAUGACCGGCAUCCUGGGAAUCCUCUCCCUGACCGGAACCGACCUCGAUCCGAUCGUCAUGUCCGCUCUCAUCAUCUCCAUCGGAUUCUCCGUCGACAUCCCCGCGCACAUCUCCUAUCACUAUCACACUUCUUCUUCUGAGAAUGGAAUCAGAGACAGGCUGCACCAGACUCUCUCCUCUGUCGGAUUCCCCGCUCUCCAGGCCUCCUUCUCCACUUCCCUCUGCGUUCUUUCUCUCAAAUUCACUUCUGUUUACAUGUCGAAUGUAAGUUCUGAGCCCUCCUCUUCUCAGCUAACCCGUUUCCUUUUCUUUCAGGCCUUCGUCAAGACCAUGAUCUGCUGCAUGAUCCUGUGCGUCUUCCACGCUCUCGUCCUUCUGCCCGCUCUCUUCGCCAUCUUCCACCGCAUCCGUCGUCUCUUCUGCUCCAAAAAGGACUAUUCUGUACACCCGAAAUGAUCUCGUUCCCCAUUCCCUCUCAUCUAUCAUGUUUGCUCGAUCUUUGUGCUCUCUUUUCCCUCUCCUUCUUUCACUUUAUUUCUACUCGGUUUAUGUCUACUCUGCGGAGAUUUCUGAUAACCAAUUCGGUGAUAAACACUACAUAAAGGGUCUCUCACCACGUGGUCUGUUUCGUUUCGUUCGGGAACCUUCUCGGUCGUUCGAUGGGCUGAUAAACUGAGGUCUACGUGACUGACCGGGUCUCUCCGGCCGGACAAUUGUCGAUUCGCCACUCUUUUUCGCCUCUUUUCUCUCGUCUCUCUCGCAUUUUCUCAUUGAAAGACGUGCAUUCGUCCACACUUUUCAAAUGUUGAUUCUCUCCAGAAUCCUUCGAACUCUACUAUAAAAGUGGCUGAAUCCGUUAUUCUACCCAAUUAUUCUCGAUUCUAUAGAGCACUUUCUGGGUCAAACUACAGUAACCGGCGCGAUCGCGGUUAGUGCUGGUUCCAGUUGCGGGAAUUUCGAAGCCGGAGUAGCCAAAUGGUAAAGGCGUGGGUUUUAGGGAUCCAUGGAUAACAGUCCUUCAGGGGUUCGAUUCCCCUCUCCGGCAAAUGCUUUUCCCGUCUUUUCAACUACUUUUAAAGUUUCGCAAAGCACUUUUUUAUCGAAAACUCUCAAAAAUUGUAUUAUUUGAAUAUUGUUGAGAAUGGAAAUGCCUUCUCAGCGAAUUUCAGCAGGAAUUGCUCAUCUUAAACUCUUCUUGAAGCUACCGUAAUCCGUGUGCCUGCCGGCUGUAUCUCUUUCUCCGUUCGUUUUUUCCGAGGCCGGGGUAGCCAAGUGGCAAAGGCGUGGGCCUGCCGAACCCAUGGAUGCAAAUCCUUUAGGGGUUCGAUUCCCCUCCCCGGCAAACGUUUUUCUCGAUUUAUCUCUACCACACAGCACAAGUGAUUCGCGAUCGGUCUAUUGAGAACGUAGGCUUAUGAUAUGCCUAUCAUGUACCAAUCGCGAAGAAAAAUUGCCUACAAUACGUCUAUCGCGAAAAUUCUCGAAUUCGCAUAUGAUAGGCCUAUCAUAGGCCUAUUUGAAGAUAUUUGGAAGAUCUAUUGAAGAACUCGCUCCUAGUUCUCAAUAGACCCACCACGAAUCACCUGCAUGCAGUGACAACACAGGUUUCCAUUGUUUUCCUUCACAGAACACCCGCGAAAUGACCUUGUUGUUGAUUCCCCGCAAAAGAAACUGUGCCUGUUCUUUUUUUCUCGAGAAAACAUACAUUUCGGACCAUGUCCUUUUUGCUCCUUUUCUUCUUUUCUGCCUUUCUCUCAAUGGCUACCAUAUACGUAUUAUUAACUUCUAAAAAAAUACUUACUAUUCUCACUACAAAAGGUACAGUAUCCCUGCCUCGUUCUAAUUUCUCCUCAACUGUCCGAUUUUCUUUUUACAGUGUUCGCAUUCGUUAGAUUCACACUUCGUUAGUAUCGCUUUCAAAUCAUUGACCAGUUGGAAAACAGUGAAAAGUGAUCGAUACUGCGCGUUUGCCGCCCGAUCCCCGUUGUCAACAAGAGUUCAAAGUAUCGAAAUGAGACCCACAAACUGUCGUCUCCGAUCACCUCAUGCCCGCCGUUUCGCCGUUGCGUCUCGUAGUCCUUCUAGCCGUCUUUUUCUCUGCGCCCUCUCGUUUCAGUGUGCUCAUUCGCCUUUCUCUCGCCAUUCUCGAGUUGUUCCGCUGGCCGCUGGCAACAUAAAAAACAGCAGAAUCAGCAGAUUGUUGUUCUUCUUCUUCUUGUCACUUUCUAAUUUUCAUUCUCCCAUCCCAAUUUGCUCAUUGUCUUCGUUUUUUCAGUCGGAAAAUGCCCAGCGAGACUAGCCAAUUCGGAAUCGAAACUGAUUCAAUCACCCUCCAACGGUUUGUGCUCCAGGAGCAACGGAAACAUGCCGACGCCAGUGGAGAGCUCACCAGCCUGCUCACCAAUAUGCUCGUGGCCAUCAAGGCCAUCGCUUCGGCCACUCAGAAGGCCGGACUCGCCAAACUGUGAGCGAUACAUUUUGAAACGAGAGAAAACUGGUUACGCUUGUUUUUCAGUUACGGAAUCGCCGGUUCGACGAACGUGCAGGGCGAGGAAGUGAAGAAGUUGGACGUGCUGAGCAACGAACUGAUGAUUAACAUGCUGAAGAGCAGCUACACAACCUGCCUGCUCGUUUCCGAAGAGAAUGACGAACUGAUUGAGGUGGAAGAGAAGAGACGCGGAAAGUACAUCGUGACGUUCGACCCGCUCGACGGAUCCUCCAACAUCGACUGCCUCGUUUCGAUCGGAACCAUCUUCGGAAUUUACAAGAAGCGCGGAGACGGACCACCGACUGUCGCAGAUGUCCUGAAGCCGGGAAGCGAGAUGGUUGCCGCCGGAUACGCCCUCUACGGAUCGGCCACAAUGGUCGUGCUGUCCACCGGAGACGGUGUCAACGGAUUCACUCUUGACCCGGUAAGAGAAUGAUUCCAGUGUCUCCGGGAAUUCCAUUGUUUUUCAGUCUAUCGGAGAAUUCAUCCUGACCCACCCGAGCAUGCAGUGCAAGCCAAAAGGAUCGAUUUACUCGACGAACGAAGGAUACGCAAAGACCUGGAGCAAGGGAUUCUCCGAGUACAUCCGCACGCGCAAGGACCCGGAGCCAGGAAAGAAGGCGAUGGGACAGAGAUACGUCGGAUCGAUGGUGGCCGACGUGCACCGUACCAUUCUCAACGGAGGAAUCUUCCUCUACCCACCGACCGCUUCUGCUCCGAACGGAAAGCUCCGUCUAUUGUACGAGUGCAAUCCGAUGGCCUUCAUUAUUGAACAGGCCGGAGGACUCGCCACCACUGGAAAGGAACGCAUUCUCGACAUUCAGCCCACUCAGGUCUGUCAAUAUGCGCUUCUCGUUUUUUCAAACACAUCAGUUUUCAGAUUCACCAGCGUGCUCCGAUCAUUUUGGGAUCCAAACUGGACGUCGAAGAGGCUCUUGAAUAUCUUGCCAAAUACGAUAACUAG